AUGAUGAGAGACAAGCAGAAGGGCUUUAAGACUAGCAGGGUUCAAGACCCACAACGUUUGCAACGCACGCUCGUCUGCCUGUCGGCCAACUCCAGGACUCAGGACAUGAUGGAGGCGAUGGACGCGAUACAGGCGAAAAUGUGCAAGGUUAAGGAUGAAAUAGCGGCCGUGGAUGAACAGAUAGUGGCGUGCACGGACAGAGACACAUUAACAGACUUACGCGAUAAGGUAAAGCAGCUAAGCGAGAAGUUACAGCUGCUACGCGAGGAGGAGCUCAAUUUGCAGCGCAACUCUGCGUCGACUGCUGUCCCGAAACCGCGUUUCACCAUUGUUGCGGAGCUAGAUGGAGUCCGUGCCAUUUUUGAAUCGGAUGCAAGUUACCGCUACAUCCGCGAGGCGCUGCCACCACCGACAUCACGGCUAUCACUGGGCUCUUUUCCGGCUGCAACAGAUCUUCGAAGCUUCCUGGAAGGGCCCUUGGCCCGGAAGCUGCCAGUGUAUAAAAAGAUUGCCAUCAUCCUGGAGAAUGCCGACAUCAUGGACUACAUCACCCUGGAUGAAGAUGUCGCUAAAUGUGCAAAUACUCUGACGAGCAUUGUCGAAUCUGCACUCCUCGGGGGAUUUGGAGGCGGCACAUCAGAGUUUAAAACUGCCUUCCAGGUUGCGCAUGUCGUGGAUAUGCCGCUUGAGCUCGCCGCACGUGCCUUCAGCCUGAACGUGUCUCAUGACCGCAACGUGAUGGACACAUCUGGUGCCACAGUUCGGCUGCACCGGCCUGGCUUCGCCUGCUGGAUAAAUAACGUACUACUGUUUAAGGGCGAGGAUAAGGCAUUGGCAUCGGACAUGCAGGUGGCCAUUAAAGAGCUAUGGGACAAGAUGGCACGCCCGUGGGUGCCAGAGCUGCUGCCUGGCGUCAGCAUGCCAUGCAUGAUAGCCUACGCGGCCGCUGGUACCAUGCUCCAGUUCUUUUCCAUCCAGAACAGGGUUCGUGGUAAUGUUCAAUUGAGCCCAAUCAGCAGUCUCUACGAUCUGAGCACGCCCUUGGGGCGCAUCCGAGCCUUGCACUGCACAUUUAACAUCGUGCGCCUGCUGGCGUCGUAUGCGCCACACGCGCCUAAGAUUCCGGUCGCCCUCGGAAGCGAGAUUCAAUCCAUGGGUUACCGUGGAGAGCUCCUCCGUACCAUCAGAUUCUUUGAAGAUUUUGUACAGAAGCGUGUCUAUAAUUUCGAGGAGCAGCAUUCUGGUGUUAACGAUUUCAGCCUUGUCAAGGAGCUGUACACCAAUGCCGCGCUGGCGCAGUGCCCAAACCUUGUACGUCUCCAUACACCUGAUGCCAUCCACCUAGACGGCCAGACGCUGGUGCUGCACUUGGUGCCCCACGGCGUGCCGCAGUACGGGCCGCCCGGGGACGAGGCCAGCCUUAAGCAGGCGAUUCGGGACGUGCUUACUGGCAUUGAGGCGCUCCAUGCAGCAGGCUUCGUGCACCGGGACAUUCACUGGGGCAAUGUGAUCAUGGUGCCAGGCUCAGCACCCAACGUGGCGGAUAGGUUCAUCCUGAUGGACUUGGAGCAUGCCGGGCGGGCUGACAGCUCUCAGGACUGCCGCCAGUCACCCUUCCCCCUGGCGACAUGGCCGGAGUUCAACCCCAUCCUGGAUUCGGUGGAUGGCCGCUACACUCGCGCGUCGGACCUCUGCCUCGUGUCGCACUGCCUUCUGGCCUACCUGCCCUUCGAGCUCAGCGCCAGCGGUGACGUGUUGGCCAUGGAGCAGCCCGCGGAUAGCAAGCGGCAACGAGGCACGGGAUGUGGAAGCUGCUUUUGGUUUGGUACAACCUUGCACGCAGACACCGGGAAAUGCUGGGAGGCGGCUGCCAAUGUCGUACCAUCCAAAUUGCUUUACUGCGGGGUUGCCAGUGGCAGCGGAGCGAAUGAGGUGUUUCGAUCCGCAGGUAUGAGGAAUACUGGUGUAUGGGUGUCAAGUCUGGGGGCCGUUUAUGCUAUAGCUGAGGUCUUGGACAGGCUCAGGAGGCAGAGUGAUGUGAGUAACCUUGCGGAGGGGCCCUUCGAGGCAUGUCUGAAGGAUGGAUCGGUGCAGCUUCAGGUAUCAACAAUGCAGCAAGUGGUGGGAGUUGCCAGACCAUUGCAUCACGACCUGUUCGCUGAAUUGUCGUUGCUACGGUUGUCCCUACGGUACCACGUUUUCAAUCAAAUUUUGAGGUUUUGGAACCGUGUUCGUUUCACAACGUUGCCGACACCGUUGCCUGUCAGUGUGUCCGCCCUAGGGUGCAAAGUUCCAGGAGCUGAUGAAUGCUACGAGUACCUGUAUCUGCGCUGGUUUGACGGAGGGACACCUCAACGCCGGGCUCGGCCAGCGGCGGGCAGUGGCAGACGCCCGCGGAGGGGCGGCGGGAAAGUCGGCGAGUCGACAGAGGGAGGGUUGGGGAGGGUUCCUCGUCGCGGUUUGGGUCUUUCUAGCCUAGUAGUGCGGCCUCGGGGAGCUCCGGCAUCAUCCUGUCAGCUGUCACAGUUCUAA